AUGGUGGGACUUACUACGGGCGCGCCAACUGCCGCGCUUAUGAAGCUCGCGGAGGAGCGCUCCAGCAAGACCUUGGAAUCAACGCAGCCGAGGUACGAGCGUAUCGGCCGCUUGCUGACCAUUUUGGGUGCUGCGAGUGGAGGGAACAGCCGCGUUCCCAUCUCUGUCCACCUUUCCGAUAUUUACGGCAAGACCAAGCUCGGUGAUGUCUAUGACAUUCACAGCGGCAUGCGGCCUAUCAAGCACGCCGAGUUCGAGGCGCUGCGCCUCGGUACAAGCGCCGCCCAGACCGAGCUGCCAACGAUUUCCGUCGCCGGGUGGUGCAAAACCGUACGUAUGCAGAAUGCCGGGAAGCUGGGAUUCGUCAUCAUCAACGACGGCAGCUGCAAGGCCGAUUUGCAGGUCAUAGUACACGAGGGAGCCAUUGGACACGACAUCGUGAGCAAGUGCACCGCCGGCACGACCGCCAGCGUGAAGGGCAUCCUGGUGGAGAGGCCUCCCAAGGCAGCAGCCGCCCAGGACGCGCCAAAGGAGGAAACGCUUGAGGCGAUUGCACAGAAAUACGAAGUGCAUGUGUGCUCAUUCGAGGGACAUCGCUUUGAAAUCAUCGGCGAGAAUCGCGACGCCGCAAAGUACCCGAUUGCCAAGAAGUACAUCACGCAUGAAUUCCUGCGUGAGGUCGCCCACCUCAGGCCCAGGAGCUACUUCAUCAGCGCCGUGAUGAGAGUGAGGAGCGCGUUGGCCAUGGCUACGCACACCUACUUCCAGAGGCUCGGGUGCAUCUAUCUCAGCACGCCGCUCAUCACGACGACGGACUGCGAAGGCGCCGGCGAACUGUUCCAGGUCACCACCAUCCUGGAAGGCUGCCGUACCAUGGGCGACCUGUCGAAACGGAUGUUGGGCGGUGAUGCGCAAAAGGCUAAGACUUUGGAGGAGAUGGAGCUCGAUUUCAAGAAGGACUUCUUCAAGCGCAGGGCCUUCCUCACCUGCAGUGGGCAGCUUUCCGCAGAGAACUACACGUGCGCCAUGGGCAAGGUGUACACCUUCGGGCCGGCGUUCCGCGCGGAACACAGCCACACCUACAGGCACUUGGCGGAGUUCUGGAUGGUGGAGCCUGAGAUUGAUUUCUGCGACCUGCCGAAAAACAUGGAGAUCGCGGAAGAGUACAUCAAAUUCUGCAUCCAGUAUGCGUUGGAUCACUGCCUGGAUGACAUUAUGUACCUGGAGAGCAUCGGAGACGCUGGACUUGUGGAAAACCUACGCUCGUUCGUACGCGACAGAUUCGCGCGCAUCACCUACACCGACGUCAUUGAUAUCCUGUUGCAGCACGAGGCUGACUUCAAGGCCGGUUUGGUUAGCGGAGCGGAAUGCAUGAAACGGGAGGACGGCGUGGAACCUCAGAAAACGGCCUUCGAAAACCCCGUAUACUGGGGAGUCGACCUGUCCAGUGAGCAUGAACGCUUCAUUGCGGAAGUCGUCUUCAAGAAGCCGACCAUCAUCUACAACUACCCCUCGAAAAUCAAGGCGUUCUACAUGCGCAGGAACGAUGACGGCAGGACUUGCGCAGCGAUGGACGUCAUCGUCCCGCAGUUCGGUGAGCUUGUCGGCGGGUCGCAGCGUGAGGAGAGGCCGGAGGUGCUGGAGGCCUCCAUCAAAGAGAACGGGCUCAACGCGGAGGAUUACUCGUGGUACAUGGAUUUGCGCACGUACGGUUCAAUUCCUCACUCAGGUUUCGGGCUCGGAUUCGAACGGCUGGUCAUGCUUGUAACGGGAGUGGCUAACAUCAGGGAUGCAAUUCCGUUCCCUCGUUACGUGGGCAAAGCUGACUUCUGA